CCUCAGCAGUAACAGUGCUGAAUGGUAGGAAUGAUAGUUGCAUUUCUUUGCAAAGUAUUACUGAUUCUGUCCUGUUUUGGUUUUAUAAGGAGGGGGUCUGUAUAGUUACGAAACAAUUGGAUAUAUUGUGUUGAUUUACUGACUUAAAGAUGCAUUCUACAGCAGUUAACCCACUCUUCUUGCUGGGUUUGCUCUGCUAGUUUUCUGAAAUUAUGUAUAUCUGGGAGUCUCCACAAAAAAGACUUCCAGAUGAUAUUUCUUAGAUAAGAGACAAAAUAUCUAAACUGGAGUUUAUCAAAAUAUCUAAACAGGAGUGCUUAAAUUGCAUUUUGUAAAAUAAAGCACUUAAAUUUUAUGUUGUUGAAUUUCGAUGCAAAUUUUACCCUAAGCAUGCUAAAUGUUUCUAAGCAAUGUUAAAAAAAAAAAAAAAGGAAAAUGAAUGGAAGCUUGUCUACUACAUCUUUUUAAAUUACCAGAGAUAGCAUCACAUCAUUGAUCUUACUGUGACAGCCUCUGAAUAGUUAUCACUUGUCACAUCUGAGCAUCUCAUUCUUUCUCAUUGCAAGCCAUAAUCCUGCUGUUAUAAAACAUGACAGGACAGCUGAGAGAUCAAAAUAUUUCCUCUUAAUACAUCACUAUAAAUAAACAACAGGCAAUGGUAAUCUAACAUCACGUUCAAAAACUGUCACGUUUACUCAGCUUGUCAACUUCAGCUGUAAUUUCUGUCUCAGUUUGUAAAACAGCGAAGGUUUGGCUGGCACUGUGUACAAGAAAGCUUUAAAGGAGAGUAUAGGUAUAAGAAAAGAGCUGGAUUUUACAGAGGGAAACAAACGUUGGAAGGAGGUGAAAAUUAUUCUUUUUCUGGAGAUUUUCAUAACAUUUGUCAUUUCCCUGGGUGUUUCUGUCCCUCUUUCAGGUCGGGAUUUGGGUGACUGAAGAUCACUGAAGGCAGUGAUAUGGAUUCAUCUGGCCAAAUGCCGGUCUGAAUAUUCUGAAUUCGGUGUUUUUAAAUAAAAAUAAACAACUAAUCAAAAGUACUGAGUUCUUGAGGUACGCUGGAAAGCAUUUCUUUGUGUUAGAAAUGCCAGUACUUUGUCUCUUUUCUACCAACAGAUCACGACUGAGUCCUGCAGGUAUCUGCUUUUGCAAGAAUGGCUCAUUUGGAAGGGUUCCUGCCUACGAGUCUCAGGUAUUGCAAUGUGAGGCCAGCUCUGGACAAGUUCUCGUGUUCCAGCAUUGUACCUGCCAUUAACCCCACCUGCAGGAGCUCUUUUGUAGUGUAUCCUGCCUGGAUCGCUGAGCCCCUCACUCCCCAGAGGUGCCAAUGGAUUAGCCACUGCCUCCACUCCCCCUGCCUGGCAUGGGAGAGACUGGGGAGAUCCGUGUGCAUAGACAGCAACGUGCCUGUGCUGGUGAGAAGGGAACAAGAUGGAUUUUAUUACCAUGGUACAGUAAAAGAGGAGAUAGAGAGUGAAAGAGGCAUGUUCCUGGUAGAGUUUACCAAACCACUUGUGUCCCGUGGAAAGCAUCCAGUGCGUGUGCAAAAAACAGCAAAGGAUGACAUUCUGGAGUAUGUGAAUGGGAUGAAGCACUCCUUACUCCCUGGAGACAAAGUGCUGGCACCCUGGGAGCCAGAUAUGGCCAGGUAUGGCCCAGGAACCGUCCUCACAGGCAUUGAGACAAGGGACCCCUUAAGAGCCUCAGAAGAUGAAGAAAUUACAGUCCAGUUCUGGAAUGAUAAGAAAGUGAAACUCCCACGUAAUGUGGCUCUGUGGAUCCCUCCUGGCCUGUGGGAGAGGAUUGUAGAGAUGAUCCACAUGCCCUUCACCAGCAGGCUGAAGUCCAGAGAAAAUCCGGACGCUGGCUCUUUUAUUUUUCCCUACAGUCCUAAACCAGCCCUCAUUCCUGUUUAUGCUGGACACAGCCUUGCCAAGCACUGCUUGCUCUGCUCACCCUGCUGGCCACAUUUCCACUACCACUGUGGUGGUGCUUUGUGCUGUUUGUCAGGAUGUGUAAGGUGCAUCUGCUGCUGUCACCCCUGUGCUGAUGCCUGGCGGUCUCUUCCAUCCAGGUCUCUGGUCUUUCAGAACAAAUCUGAAGAGGCAGAGUCCAGCAGUGAGCCGUCUCCAGGCCUUCUAGAACUGGAAGGCACAAAACAAGAAGCAGCUGCAGCUGUGGCUACAUCUUCCUCCUCUUCUGAUUCAAAGUGGGACCUGAAGCCACUCCCCACUAGGAGUACUGUGGUGGACAGUGCUGUUAACACAGCCUGUGGCUGUCUUGAAAAGCCCAAGCUAAAGGAUUCUGCCAGACCUCAGUGGAAAUACUGGAAAAGAACCCACCACAGGUCACAUUUCAGUAAUUCAGGACUUGGCAGUUGCAGCAGCACAUGUAUGAAGGGCAAGCUGGAAUCCAAAGCCAUCUCCAUUGGGGACACAUCCCAUGUGGGCCCAGCUAAUCGGAGUGCAAUGUUUGAAACCAUUGAGCUGUCUCCCAGAGGGCAACUCACAGUGAAAGAAAUCUUAAGAGACCAAGAUUUCAAGCCAUCACUGGAGGAAGAAGGUUUUGCAGCAUCAGAAAAACAAAGAAACAAAAGAGCGUCAGAUGAUAAAUGUAAAGCGACUUGCGUGGGCGAUGACAAACUUGAUGUUAUAGAGCAUGUCAGAGCUCACUUGCAACAAAGCAGAGAGAGACAUGAUCAACCAGAAUUCAGCACAUGAACUGAUGAAGUUCAGGGGCUGAAAUUUCAGGUAAACUGCUUAUACUCUAUCAGUGUUCUACUUAUUAAGCAAAUCAAGUUCUGGUUUAGGUACUGUCUCAGUGGAAUACCUUUAUGGAUGACUAUAUAGUUUUAAUACUGAGAAAGUAUAUUUCUACCCACAUCAAACUUCAGCAUCCUCACUCUUUACUCCAAGGUGUGAUAAUAAAUUCCUAACUACUUGAACUUGACUUUACAGUUCUGGAGAGAUCAGAUGAACUAGUAUGAGCACUAAAAGCCUGAACAGAUGCACAAUAAGAGUCCAAUAAACCUCCAAUUUGGCUACAGUUCUCUAGAGUGAGCCAGAGGAAUUCAGGAAAGCAAUUUUUGUUAGUAGAAAGCCAGAAGGAAUGCAGAAACAAUACAAGUUGACAGCUGAAAGUAUUUUUUUCAGGAUUAAAGCAGAAGACAAAGUAGCCAGAGGGUAAAAGACCUGCUACUGUAGAAACAAAUAACAAAAUGCUUAGAGAUCCAGCAUUCAAGUCACUGAAUUUUAUGUUCAAAUGAAAAUUACUGAAACCUUAAUACAUCAGCUACAAAAAGAUGACAGAUCUAUAUAGGUCACAUCACUAAUUCUAAACAUGGAACCUGAUCCUUUGGGAAAGUAAAGCAUCCAGGGAAUUUUGUUAGCAGGACUGCUCAUGUUAAAAGCAUAUGAACUUGUCCAUAAGCUGCAGUCUGCAGGUACUCAGCAGUACUUUUCCCCUGCAGGAAACAGGAUAAUUCAGGGUACCCCACUGCCCUCAGAAAAGGCAGCUAACUGGGGUUGAGCCUGGUCUGCAAAGGGACAGGACUUGAGGGGUCAAUAAUUUACGUGCCUGUACUGAACAUCUGACAUAUAUUCAAGCACCUUUCUGAGCUGGGGUCCUAGGUAGUGAAUUCUGUUUACAUUUUAUUUCUUUAUUAGAAUAGUAAAAGUAUAGAUAAGAGAAUGGAUUAUGAGCCAGCUGCUCUAAAAUCAGUGCCAUCCUACAGAAGCUAAUGCACAUCCAUAUUCAUACCACAUGGAUCAUGCUCUCUGUGGUCCACAAUGCGACAUGGAGGUUCUGUCUGAGCAUACUAUAAAAGAAGCAGUCCUCACAAAGGCUUGAUCAUGUAUUUUAUUUCACUGAUUGUAUCUUUAGUUGUUUAAAGCAGAAGAAUCUGGAAUUACACAGUCACAUAAUUGGAUUUAAAAGGCACACAGUGUACAAAUAUUUAUAAAAUCAGUGUACAAAGUGGGUUGCAUAUAAUUGAAUUAAGUAGAAAACAAAUAUACAGACCAUAAAAAUGGAGUCCCAAAGAGGAAGCUACUAUUAAAGUGCUAACAAGAAAAGGAUAUUUAUAGUUCAUUACAUGCAGUAAAAAGAGCCUUGUAUUUUAUUCCCGUGAUGUCAAGAAACAACAAACAUCACAGAACAAAAGUCAAAUCAACACUUUGUCCUGCAUUGACACCUACUACGAGGGUUUUUUUCACCAUGUCAUCUGAGAUUGCUGUGACAGAAUAGAUGCCGGGAGAAACUUCGAUAUACAAGUCUUUGGAAGCUUGUCUGGUCUUUAAGAGGAAAAAAAAAAAAUGCUUCAUUACUGGUUAGCCAUCCUAGAUUUCCCACAAAAAUAAAAAUUUUGAAUUUGGUUAAAAAAAUUACAUUUCAGCUGCUAUACAAACGUACUAAGAUUUUUCAAAAUCAGCGUGGACAAAACUGUGAAAUGUUCCUGUGGAAGUGAUCACUGUGCUGUAAUCUGUGUCUCACAAAACUGAAAGUUAGCAACCUAGACAGUUUUGAACAUAAACCUGGAAAACAUUCCCUAUCAUAAGGGUGCUCCCACUAAUUUGUACUGUGGGACAAAUUCUGUGUUUCUUGUCUAUUGUGUCUUAGCAGUUCUUGAAAUUGAUUUGGUGAGGUGUUAGGCUUUUAGAAAUAAAACCAGAUUUCUUCUCCUUGAGGAACAGGAGUCUUCAGAGAGCCUGUAUGAGGGCCAAGAGUAAAUGGCUAAACAACUGCUGUGUGCCUUGCUGCACACUUUUCUUCAGGAGCACAAGUGAGGUGAGACUGGAGAAGUGCUGCCUUAUUGCUGCUGAUGUAAUUCACAAAAGCCUAGAGCUUUAUUGGUGUUUCACGUUCUGUACCAGUCUAACUGGUACAGACUCUUAACUGGUUAUGUGCCAGAAUGCCACAAUCUGGCUUCUGAUUAACUGUGCAACUCUCGGUGUGCCCAUUUUCCUGCCUAUACAUACCCCUACCCAGGACUAGGAACGCACCACUCGUUAAUCUUCUGUGUCAUCCAAGUCUCCACAUCUGUCACAAUUUUUAACCAGCUUGAUGCAAAAUGAUGAUAAAGAAAUGCUAUCAAAUACCUCAAUUUAAAAACAAAGUACUCUAUAAGCUUACACGUUGCUGGCAAGUUUGAGCUCGACUGGGUGCUCUGGAAGCUUCAGACCUCUGGAAAGAAAAAGAUACUGUUUUCUAAUGAUACAACACAUCCAGCCCAAGUGAGGCGAUGUGUCAUGUGCAGGAAAUUUUCCCCUCCAUGAAAGGACUGAUAUGACACUGGUUGGUGCCACCAGAAGUUACUCUGUCUUCCCACCACCCAACAGAAGGCUUAGAUCAGUCCAGGAGUUCCUAAGUCCAUACUGUCAACCUACAUAUAUUAGUGUCUCACAGAUGGAUGGAUAACAAUUAUCCUGCUGCAAGGGAAGGAAUAACCUUAAAUCAAAACCAAAAGUACCUACCUCUUCUUCCACCUCUCUUUCCUCUGCCUGCUUGCCAUGGUAUUUGCAGAUGUGUUUAAUUUCAUGCUCUUUGCACCUUGGGGCUCCCACGAAGCUAUAGUACUUCUGGACAACAAUAGAAACACAGAAUAUUAUGUGGGGAGGCAUCAAAGGCCAUACUCACAGCUACUGCAGAUUUACAACUGAAAGUGGAACUGCACAGCUACUGACUUCCUGUAUUAAUUGGCUGGUUUGUUCUCUUGUGAGGAUGAAAACAAUGCCUGGAUGUCCACAAGACACCUGCCUUACGGUACAAGACUGUCAGCCCUGAUUUUAGAAGCCUGUCUCCUGACACAAUAUGUAGGGGGGGACUCUGGCACCUCAGAACUGAACUCAUGAAAAUGUCAGAAGGAAUACUCUGGAAAUACCUUCCUGAUCAGGCUCUUCAAGAAAAGCUCGGGUGGAAGAAGGCACAGUUUAUGGGUCCUUAAUAGGACAUAUAUGCCAGCGAGGUGCUUUGCAACCUAGCCAGUGAAGAUUCAUUCUGCAGGGCACAUGCAGGAGCAGCACUCUAAAAGCAGAACAUGUUAAUACUGAAAACUGAGUCAGUAAAGAACCUAAAGUGUUUUCAAGGCUGGUACCAGUAGCACAGCAGUUUUGAGAACUGUAUUUAAGUCUACAGCAGCCCUCUUCUGGUUCAGCUGCAAAGGUACUGGAACCUUCCUCACUGCAAAUUAAAUAUUAGAGUACAGCUCUGCUGCCAUCUGUUGUCACAAGAGAACUCCUCCCAGGGUUACCUUUUUGAUCACAGGGACCAAAAAGUUCCAAAAUAUCUAUUUUAUUUCACUUACGUUGUCCUCGACCCUCGCUGUCAGGACUAAACGUAACAAAAAUAAGGCUAAUAGCAAUUCUUAUUUCCAGAUCUACUGCUAUGCUUUAUUCCUUGAGCUUAUGCACAAAUCAAGAGAUCUGGUUGCUUGUAUUGUGGUUUCUGUGGAGCUAUGUCCCAAAAUGCAUCAAAUGCUCUGACCUAUUGCAUAAUGCUUUGCAGCACAUCUCUGUAUCACAGGAGGUGAGCUGGAUUCUUUUACGUGAUGGCACAGAGCAAAGACAUUAAAUCAAACUUUUGGUGAGUAAUGAGGGUAAACUUUGGUCCCUUAGUAACUCCAAACAACUCAGCUUAAAUCCCAGUUCUAAUUGUUUGCAUUUAAGUGGCUAAAUGGUUAUGUUCAGCUGGAGAUUUUUAUUUGCGCUUUUUAAACUUUAUCCAUGAACUUACAGGUCUGACAAUUCCCCCUUUUUAUGACUCCUCUACAGAAAUGACUGAAGCAGUACUGUCUUGGCUGAUGCAUAAGUGUGGAAAUCAUUCACUGCUUUUCCAACUCUAAUACUGUUAGCAGGCCAUAAGGUAGACCCAUAGAAUAAUAUAGGUUGGAAAACACCCUUAAGAUCAUACAGUCCAACCAUAAACUUAGCACUGCCAAUUCCACCGCUAAGGAUGAAUCUCUAUACACUUAUAUUUUUGUUUCAUCUUGUGUAAAACUCUAUUCUGCCUGAGUUGUUUUCAGGAUUAACUGGUUACUGUGUAUGUAGUGCUUUCAAAUGAUAGAAGAGUUGCUUAAGAUCUAAUCAUUUGGCGUGAUGAAGUACUGUUUUCUCUAAUGUAAUUGCAGACUUAGCCUGUGUUAUUAACUCUGCAGACAACGAGCUCCCUGCUGUGUUGUAACAGCUCCCAAGGGGCACAGCCGCUGUGAACUGCGGUGGAAUCCACAGAGACUUCAGUGCAGCAGCUGGGCUGCAGGGCUGCGUUCACAAGGAUGAGCUGGCAGAGGUUGGCUCCCGGUCCAUCCACCCCAUAAGGCAAUGACACCUGGCAGCCAAAGCCAGCAUGAAAGCAGUGAAGCUGUGCAUCUGUAAGCCAUACCCCUCCAUUUCUACUUAUCACAAAGAUAAUGGUGCUGCUCAGAACUGAGCCCACAGUCCUCAUCCAGUGGCAACAUCCCAGAUCAACUUCGACCCGGUUUCAUCUGGGAAUGGAGUUGGUUUUCUUCCUAGUAGCUGGUACAGUAGCUGUAUUUUGGAUUUGGCACAAGUAUAAUGUUAAUAACAAACUGAUGUUUUGGUUGUUGAAUGGUGCUUAUCCUAAAUCAAGGACUUUUCAGUGUCUUAUGCUCUGCCAGCAGGGAGGUGCACAAAAAGAUGGGAGGGAGCCUAGCCAGGACAGCUGACCCAAACUUGCCAGAAGGAUAUUCCAUACCAUGGACUGUCAUGCUCAGUAUAAACUGGGAGAGUUGGCUGGGGGGGCCGACUGCUGUUUGGGGACUGGCUGGGCAUUGGUGGUGAGCAACUGUAUUGUGCAUCCCUUGUUCUUCUUGGGUUUUAUUUGUCUCUCUCCUUUUCAUUACAAUUAUUAUUAUUAUUGUUAUUAU